ACGAACUGACGUUCUUUUAAAUCUCGGGGAGCCGCUGGGCUGAGUCAAUGUUUGGUGUUUGACAUUGACUGUACCUAACGGUAGAUUGGCUGCAGGGAGGAGCUUUCUGCAACAACUUGACGGAACGGACCCCAAUAUAGUGACUGUGCCUUGUUAAAUGUAAACCGACCGAGUGUUUCCAGUCAAAUAUGGCGACACCCAGCUAGUGAAGGUUAAAGGCCUUUAUGAUUAAAACCUUCCUAGUUCUACAUAGUUUGAUGUGAUUGUUCCUCCUGCAAAGUGUCUUUAAUGUACACCAGUUUCCUCACAUUGAUGUUGUGUUGAUGGGCUAAUAUCCAAACCGACCAUUUGCGAUAACGAGACCUGCAUUCGCUACCUUUAAGAACAUGAACUGGGACACUCAGCUAAAUUCCAUAUUGAAUGAUACUGAUUGCAAUGUUGAAAAAAUUAAGAAAAGAUUGAACACAACAGGUUAUUAUGCAAAAGUUGGCUCAAUUGAUAAAAUGGAACAUGUUCGGUUCAGUGAUCCUAUAUCAGUUGCAACAGAACCCUCUUCCUAUUCAGAUAUGUUAAGCUAUAAAUUACCUAAAGAAGAAUUAAUGGGUAUCUACAGACAGCUCCAAUCCCAAGGAAAGACAAUUGAAUUUUUACAACAAGCUUUAUUGAGAGUUGAAACCGAAAAGGUACAACAAAUGCAAAAAAUUCGAUCAUUAGAAGAGGACAUUCGACGAUUACAGAGUAAAACUGAAGAAAGAUGUUUGGAUUUCCAAUUGGAGAGGAAAAUGGAGGAAUGGCGGAGAGGGAUGUCAAAUGAAAUUUACAGCUUGCGAGAGCAAGUACAACGUGUGGAUGGGAGAUUUAGUCAAGGGAAAAUCACAAUUUCUAGUCUAAUGCAAGAAGUGCAGCAAAGCAAAAAAGAUCUGUGCGAAGAACAUGACUCACUUCGAAGAGAGAUUGAUCAUUUGAAGCAUAAAAUACGGAGACAAGAGGAUGAACUACUGAAUCAUAUUUCUGAUACAAGAGAACUUAAGCAAUCACAGGAGAAAAGUAGUAAGAUUCUGAGAGAAUUGAUGAGUAAGUAUCAAUUGCAACUUUUGGAUUCUAACAAGUCAGUUCAUGAACGAGAGUAUGCUGAACAAGAGCUUACACACAUCAGAUCCACGGUUGCAGGCUUGAAGGAACAACUGAGAAACAUCAAUCUAGCUGAUAACCAGACAAGUACACCAUCAAAACCAGAUGCAAGAAAACAGUACCAAAAGAACCACCAAUCCAUGACCCAGUCACUAAAUGAAGAUUCUGACUCCAAUUUAAGUUGUACUCUUAGUUUGGUAGACAUUAGCUCAGAUGACGACAUUUCAUCGUUGCAAGAUCUUGAUUUAGAUCCUCCUCAUAAAAAAGGUGCCAAGUACAGGUCUGCCUUGUGUAUGGAGGAAUGUGAGAACGAACCAAGAACAAGUUAUUCAGAUGAAGAUUUCAGCGUGGACUUAGGAGGACUAUCUGACAACCCACCUGAACUAACUCUCAGUGAUCUGUCUUGAAUUUUGGAGUCUUCAAACAAAAACCCAGCAGCGUUGCAGAAUGACAUUUCUGCAAUAUUUCUCAUAAAGACCUCUAACAUAUUCAAAGAUUUGCACCUUAUUAAUAUUUAAAUCAAGAUUCUCCCAGUCGAAGGCAAUAACUUCUAUUUUACUCCUGACAGUGAUAUCUAUUCUUCAGGUAUACUUGAUCCAGAGUUAAAAAAAGCAAUUUCAGUUUUUUUUCCAACAUUGUUUAUGGUCCCAAGCAAAAAACAUCCAAAAAUUGGUUAAAAACUUUUACAAGUGAAUGAGGGAAGAAACGUGGGGCUCAGACUUGACAUCAAUUUGAAUGAAUGUGGAAGAAUUUUUAGUACCAGGGUUUGUUCAGAUCUUGCCAUCAUUUAUUACCUAUUCUGAAAGCAUAGGUUUGGUUUCUUCGAAUAAGUUGGUCGGAAAGAAAUGCAAGUUUUUUUUUGUGGCAAUACACACAUUUAAAAGUGCACUGACUUUUUGUUAAAAUUGGAGUAAUUCAUGUGAGUAGGUGUGGUCACUGAUAUAAUGAGCCUCCACUAGCAUUGUAACAGGGCUCAAGUAGGGUAUUGAACAAUGGCCAGCCAAUGUACAAAAGGAAGGUAGGAGAGGGGAUGAGAGACAAAGGAGUAGUGAAACUGAGGAAGGCACUGGUCUCAUUUCAGUUUGCCACAUUCAGCAGCAAGUCUUCCCUUGUUGGCCUGAUCUAUUAAAUUAGAAAGCUCCUAUAAUCUGAGUGAUUAAAGUUUCUAGGCUUUCAAAAAGUCUUCUGGCUAAUUAAUUUUGAGGUAGUCACAAUCUUAGUAUCAGAUUCACUAAUUUUAAAGUUGCUCCAUUUAUUUCCUCUUCCACCUUCUUGGCAGGUAGCUGGUAUUACUUUUAGAUAAUAAUCAAGUUCACAGGACAUCAUUUAGUCACUUUUCUGAAAGUACUGAACAUCUGAAACAACAAAGAUAGUUGCCAAUAUGGAUUUUCCAAAAGAAAACCUUUGCUUGACCAACUUCAAAUUUUUAUCUGGUUAAGAAUUAACAGAAUGUACAAGGGUAAUGCUACAUUGGGGUGUGCUAUAUCGAGGAUUUCUAAAAAGGACUAUCACUAGGUUUCAUAUGAGAUCAGUUAAUAAAUCUGAGCACAGGGUGUUAGUGGACAAUUAGCAGAAUUCAUCGUUUACUUCUUUCUGCCACACAGCAACGUUGGAAUAAAUAGGAGAUAAAACACAAAUAGGUGAUAAAACUAAUAUUUUAAAAUGGCAAAUAUUUGGAUUUUGCUUACCUGACAAAAUUUAGGAAGCAACAUCCAAUUUUAUGAAGGCAAGACAGCCAGAACUGUGAAAAUGAGUAACUGCAGCACCCAUUGGUGUAACAGUUACUGCAAGUAUGUGAAUAUAUCAUAACAGCUUGAAUUUACAUAGUACUGUAGUGAGGCAUUCCAAGGGCCUUCACAAGCAUGAUCAGCUGAUAAUUAAUACCAAGCUAAAGUAAGAGGCAUCAAGACAUUGCAUUGAAUAAGUGAUGUUUCACAUACUGAUGGCCAACUUCAACUUAGCUUGCUUCAAAGGCAGUAACUGCUGACCUUACCAUAUGAAUUUUUGAAAAAAGAAAUUUCUCAAUGCACGAGGUCCGCAAAUCUGUUGGCCCUGUAUCCUGGCUGAAGUACCAUGACCCACCUACCUCUGACCUUUUAUUAUCUUACCAGAGUAUGGAAUGUCAAUAGAAGGUUACCUUCAUUUAAAUAAUCCAUCCAGGCAUUUUUGCCAGGUGUGUAGACAGUGGCCAGAUGGGGUUCAGUCGAGGGAGGUGGCUGGUAUUCUGCUCCUGCGCGAAGCUGGUGGUUUUGUUUCCUGCACUGCUGUUUACAGCGGUCAGAGGUUGAGGCUUAGACUCCCAGUUACUCUCAGUACAGUUACUUUACUUCACCUGGAAUAUGACAAUGGUCUACCAGUGAGUCCAUUGCCCUGGUAAUUCUUCAAUGCUAUUAAUAAUAACCAAUAAAGUAGAAUUGGGUCAUUUUAAGUGUGCAGUUAGUAAGAAGCAUUAACUUGGCAGUAAAGUACAAAUAGGCGAAAGUGAGGACUGGAGAUCAGUGUCGAGAGUGUGGUGCUGGAAAAACACAGCAGGUCAGGCAGCAUCCAAGGAGCAGGAAAAUCUACGUUUCAGGCAUAAGCCCUUCAUGAAAUACCUGAUCCAUGAGGAGGUGAUGACAACAAGCUUUUUGGUUCCUUCUUUGUCCAAUUACUCAUGUCUCCCCCCUCAGAGACUGCUUAUGUAACCCUGACAGACUAGAAUUAGAACAUUGUCUCUCUUAACCUGUGAUACAGUAGCCCAUUUUGCAGGAUUCUGCCACUAAACUCACUGCAUCAGUUUCUAUACUGCUCUUUCUUCCUAGUUUUCAGCUAUAGCUUGGUGGUAGUUCAGAUAGCAGGAAGUAAUCACAGGUAAAAUAUAUGGCAGUAACACAACAACGAACAUUUACAUUUAAAUAAUCAACGCGAAUGGUGUAGAGCAAGUGUCAUUAGAAAUUUAAUGCAGCCUUAAAUCUCAAAGUAGUUAAAGUAACUAUUGUUCAAAAUAUUUUCAGUUUUGCCACUGACCUUUCAGUUGACCAGAAAAGGUACUUAACCUUUUAGUGGCUAUAUCUGACAAAUGAACUAUUGCAAGGAGGUUUUCAAUGGCAAGUUGCAUUGUAUUAUUCCAGGCAUUCUAAAUAAAUAUUAUUACUUGUGUAAAAUCAAAGUCUUCCAUAAAAUUAAGAAUUUCAAGCCUAGCAAAGUACUUGGAAAACAGAGGUAAAAUCUUAAAUAUACUUUUAACAUAUGAUGCUUACCACCACCUUUCUUGAGGCAGUUAGGAAUGUGCAGUACACAUUGGCUUAGCCAAUGCCUACAUACCAUAAGCAAAUAAGUGAACCAACUUAAGCAUAGUGCCACUGUUCACAGUAAGCAUUUUGGAAAAUACAAGAGAUUGAUUCUUUAUCAUGUUCUAUAAAUUUAAUGGAUUUUUUUUAAGCAAUCAACUAUUCUUAAGCAUUUCAGAGACAAAUUUCUAAACUUUUAAAUGUCUGUAAACAGUUAUC